UAUUACCAUUACGUCCCAAAUCUGUUCCUUCCCUAAUACACCCGGUCCCGUAAUAGCUAUUCCCCCCAUCCAGCGCCAAUUAGAGAAUCCUUACCCAUUUUUUAUUUUCGUUUCCUUUUUCUGCCCUCAUAGAUUUCUGCUUCUUCUUCCAUCGGCAUUGUAGAUCUAUCCUCAUUUCUUCUGCUUUCAUAACAAAUCCUCAACAUUGUCUUCAUCGGAGGCCGAUUUCAGCUUUUGUUCCAUGGAUUUGUUAUCUCAAUCGGCUGACACUUCAUCAACGCUCUCUUUAGGGUUAGUUUCAUCUUCGCCGCAGUCUAUACUGGGUUACUAUUGCCCGGAGAUAGGAUCAUGGGAUUGGAUACUCCAUCAGGAGGGAAUACCAGUCAUGGGUAUUAUACCCCACAUGGUAGAAAAGUAUCUUCUGCUUCAAUUUUCUUUGAGAGUUUGCCAUAUAAAGUGAAUCCACAAACUGGGUAUAUAGAUUAUGAGAAGUUGGAAGAGAGGGCGCUUGAUUUUAGGCCUAAGAUAUUGAUUUGUGGUGGUAGUUCGUAUUCGAGGGAAUGGGAUUACGGAAGGUUUCGACAGAUUGCGGAUAAGUGUGGUGCUGUUUUGCUUUGUGAUAUGGCUCAAAUCAGUGGACUUAUUGCUGCUAAGGCUGCUGAAUUGGAAGAUUUCUCACCGACUUCAAUCAUUUCAACUGAUGCUGGACAAGAGAGCUGAAAACCCGAAUCAAGAAGUACUUUGAAGGGGAUGAAGAGGCACUCCCUUCAGUUCUUGAGGCCAUUUUGCGGAGAAAGUUAGCUAGGAAGCAUGAGGAGACCGAUGAUGAAUUGAUGGAUGAAUUGGAGGUGCAACCACGAGACGAUGUGGAUGAUGAAGAGUUCGAGUCAGAUUUUGAUAAUUUGUACUUGACUGAUGAAGAGAUACUUGCAAUGUUUUUGAUGAAAUAAAGUGUGGAUAGAAAACCUGUCAAUACUUGCAAUGUUUGUCCAUAAUGUUUGUAAAUGAGAAAUGACCCUAGUCUACAUCAUUUCUCAAAGCCUGCGAUUGCAUGUAAAUGUCACUAGAAAGCUGUUGCUAAGGCUUAAGAAUCUGUUUUAUGAGUCAGUGUUGGUUGUUUCAAGUUCACUUUAAUGUCACUCUGUUUACUGCUUUAUAGUUUAACUUUUGUAUGGUAAGUGAUUUGUAUAGUAGUUGUUUCUCUUGAAUAUGCAUGCAGAACUUAUGUAUUAGAAGUUACAAACACAGAUUUGCUGCUUGAUAA